GAAACACAAUCAGUGUACACCAAAAGACGAGACCAAGAGUCGGUUUAAAAAAAUAUUAUAAACAUGCAGACUGUCACAGCUUUAGUAGUUUUGGGUUUGGUGGCUUGCGCCCACGCCGGUUACGUAGCACUCGGACAUGGUGGUUACGCCGGAGGUGACCUCGGCGGUCAUGGAGGUGACUUGGGAGGUUAUGGAGGCGGUUUUGCUGCUGCUGGCGGACACGGCGGACAUGACGAACAUGUGGACUACUACGCUUAUCCCAAAUACAACUUCGACUACGCCGUAGCCGAUCCCCACACUGGUGACCACAAGACCGCCUGGGAACACCGUGAUGGUGACCAAGUCAAGGGAGCCUACUCCUUCCUGGAAGCUGAUGGCACAACCCGUCUGGUCGAAUACACGUCCGACAAACACAAUGGUUUCAACGCCGUCGUCAAGAACUUGGGACACCCAAAAUCUCACGGACACUACUGAAUUAACAAUUGAAUCUGCCCUCCGAAAUAAACGUCAAAAACCCAAUAGAUUAACAGAAAAUUAACGCAAAAACACUGACCGUCUCGUGAUAACGUCUAGUUGUCAUCUAAAAAAGUUUAGAUGGACUUCCCUUGCCAUCAGAUUUGUUUUAUUGCAAACUCUGGAUUCAGUUGAUAAGUGGUUUGUGAGAGAUGUUUUUGUUUAGAUUUGUAUAUAUUUAUCAAAAU